UGUCAAUGCAGCGGUUCAAGCUUGAUGAGACCGCGCUUGACCUGUUCGCACGGAGGCCAACACGCAGCUUCUCGACGGGUCUGAGCUUUAUUGACGCGGCUUCAACAGGAAGAGAUGGAGGAGAAGAUGGUUACCGACCGCGACAAGUUGUAGAGCUCUGUGGGGCGAGCGACACCCCCAAGACUCGAGUGCUUGAGCACAUUAUUGCCGCUUUCCUCACUAAAAGCGCUGCAACGAGCGACCAGCCACCGAAAGAGCGCGUUUUCGUCUUCGAUCAUGAAGGUGAAGUGUCUGUAACGCGGUUGGCGAAUCUAGUGGCCUAUAAAUUGGCCGGUAGCAAGCGGGAGGAUGCAGUGGAGGAGACACUGGCACGAGUGCAGACCUGCUAUUGCCGAGACUCGUUCCAGUGGCUGGCAACGCUUAACCACAUCCACUUCAAAUUAUUAGAGGCAGCACCUGCACCUUUGAUGCUGGUAUUCAACUGUGUGGGGUCCUUCCAUGCUAUUGACAAGAUGGCAGCGAGGAGUGUGGGGGCUGGACUGGCGCUGUCGGAGCAAGUAUUUAUUUUUUUGAAACAAUUUAUCCGGCAUCACUCGCCGAUUAUUUUUGCAGCGAAAGAGACAGCCAGUACGUGCUAACAAUGUUUAAGUAGAUACGCAGACUGCGUUACUAUACUGAAUGCGGUCGUUGUGAUAAAGAGAGCUCGAGGUCGCCGUGGGAACAUGCAGAGUACUUGCCUUCGUCGUGGACUAGCCACGUCUCCAAGCGAAUUUUGCUUCGAAUUCCUCCACCGCCAAGGUGCUCUCGCGAAAGUUACAACUAUGGUAUUUCAACUACCAAACCUAUACUGACUCGAAUUGUUUUUACCCGAUAGUCACAAAUUAGAGAGGAAAACCGACUUUGACACCGGAAAUAUCGAAAUGUGCACUCAAUUUGAGGCCAAGUGUAUCGUCGCUGGAGAGAGCCGAGUGUUUGCGUGCCAAGUAGAUGGAGACUUGAUUUUCUCAAAAGUACUCUCACCGCACAUGAAAUGAUUGGUAACUGUUUGACGCGAUAUUCAGUGCUGUAGCUGAGGAGCCCCCGGUAACUUAAGCGGAUGUUGGUUUAUUGCUUCCCACGCAGGUAAAACUUGACGAGAAACCUGCUCAUCAUUUACAGCUCGAACCUUGAUCUUUGCUGGUGUCGGUCCUGGAGUAACCUCUGAGGAACAGCAUACUCGUUCUCUAAAGCGUCUGAAGACCCCAUAGCAAUCCUGUGUCUGGGUUCUUCGGGCAACCUCAUCCCCAAGGACGUUGCCAGCAGAGCCACCCAGUGCGUGAUCAAAUAAACUCACGACACCCGAACACAGACGCUCCGGACAUGGCUCCACUCUCUUAUUCGCCACUGUCCCUAGAACGACUAGAUUGUCUUGUGGAAUGGCAAUCCAGUGCAGUUGCGUGUGCACAAAACACUCGUAACCAUCAGGAUCAACCGCUUUCAAGACACCCAGCGCUUUCAACACACUUGGUUUGUAGUACAGCUCCUCGUUCUCCCAAAUGUACCCACUCAGCAGAAUCAGCUUACUCCGUGCCCCCAGUGCAGCAUCCACCGAGCAAGUGUUCGUUAAGACACGCAGAGUACCGAAUUGUAGCUUCACGAACACUAUGGCUCCGAUGGCUCUGGUAGCGACGAUAAUACCCAGACAACCCAACGCAAGUACAAUAUGACCAACAAGUCCCAUCACGUAAUGAGAGAUCAUCUCUGCUGCUGGCUCAGUAUCUCGUAAAUGCGAUCGGCUCAAGGACGUCAGAUAGUGCUGCAAUACUCCUGCUGUUAUCAAUUCGCCAAUGAGAACUGUCUCGUAGUUAAAGAGCAGCCGUUUAGCUUGACAGCGCAUCUUCUCGCUCAUCCAGUUCAUCGUCUCCACCAUUUCAAACAACAUGGACAUGACACCAGACAAGUUGUAUCCAAGUGAUAUGGACUGGAUUCGUCCCAAUAAGCCUUCUUGUGUGCUCAAGAGGAAGAAAUCACUCAUGACACCUUGAUCGAUGAGAAGAAAGAGCAGCAGUAGCCGAUGGAAAUUCCUGGCUCCGUGUGCAGAUAACCGCAUGCUUUCUUGGACGUAGACUACGGCUUCUUGUAUACGGAUGGACUCGACAAUGCAGUCGCAACGCCUUGCAAAUAUUUUACAUGAUACGAAGCUUCUUCGGAGCGUUACACAUCGAACGAGGAUGAAGGCAGUGCCAGUGAGGAUAUACCAGUACGAUUUUCUGUAUCCAUGUUCUCCCCUGUCGUAGGCGAGAUUGCUACCGUUGGUAUCGUACGUUCCGACUGCGCUUACUCGUAGGUAUGUUGUGUUAUCUAGUGAACAAAAUGUCCCCGAUGCCGCGGCGUAGAUGGAAUAGUACCCAAUGCUACCAUGGUAGAAAUUGCCCUCGAGUGGAAAACUGUGGUCUGCACAGCUGGAUGACGAUGUAUCGUGCGGCAUGACAGUAUGGUUCAUCAUAACAUAAUUUCCAUGAGCGUUGUACUGUGGCACAGUAAAAUGACAACGAACUCCAUUUUUGAUACGGUAGUAGUGAGUUGGACAUGCAUUCCACCGAGCACCAGCAAUCACCAUCACAGUCGCUGGACAAAGAUUGAGCAGAUCUGUUGUUUCUUGUACUGCAUCGGCAGGUGUGAUCAAGUUUUCUGAGAUUUUGUGCGGUGUCACGAACUUGGCGAAACCUCGCAGCUGAAGGAAGAACGGCCCUGCUCCAACAGCUAUCCAAACAACCAUGACAACUCGUAUCGCUGGCAUGUGAAGAGCACGAGUUCUCCGUGCUCUCGGUUGCCCUGAUGCAUGUCUGACACCAUGGACUUCAGAGCUGGUC